CAAAACUUUAAAACCCAGAAGAUAAUCGUGAAACGCGUGUGUACAAGCGACAGCAGUCACAGUAUGUCAGAACAACAGUGUAUUGUUGCUGUAGACACGCAGUGUUGAUUUCACUUCUAGUGCAGUACUGGUCACGUGAAUCUCUUGGAGCGAGGGUCAAAGACUUGAAGGCAAACGCGAUCGCUGCAUGUCAUUUGUUUGAUCAGAUGUUUGAUACCGGAGUAGGAUGGGCUUUCGCACCUGGCACUGUUUACAUCAGAGCUUAAGCGAUUUAUAAACUAGUGUUUGUGUUUAGUCUGUUUAAAUUAUAACGCGAUCUAGUCAAAUUAAAAACAGGACGAGUGCGGACUUUUUUCCUAUUUUUCCUGAUGUCGGACUGCAGCUCGUCGGGUUCAGAUGAGGAUUUGGACCCGGAGUUAGAGCUGCUGGACGAGCUCGGCGGCACGCUCAGUAAGUGGACAAACUACAUUCAUGGAUGGCAGGACCGCUGGAUUGUGCUGAAGGGCAAUAUUCUGAGUUACUACAGGUCAGCAGAUGAGAAAGAGUACGGCUGUAGAGGGUCCAUCUGUCUCAGCAAGGCUGUCAUCACGCCUCAUGAGUUUGAUGAAUGCCGUUUUGACAUCAGUGUGAACGACAGCGUCUGGUACCUGAGGGCUGAACAUCCUUUGCUCCGGCAGCAGUGGAUCGAUACCGUUGAACUUCACAAGUUAGCAUCUGAUGAUGAGGAAGAUUUUCCAACCUCACGGCCAGAUGGAGAUUAUCUGCUUAACAACAACAACAGCAGCAAAGAGAAAUUAUUCUCUGUGGACAGCCUCAAAGGUUCCUUAGGCAUCGAUUUCAAAGGUGAAGCCAUCACGUUUAAAGCUACUACAGCAGGAAUCCUGUCCACACUGUCCCACUGCAUCGACAUUUUGGUCAAAAAAGAAGAGAGCUGGCAAAGACGACUUGAUAAGGAAAUUGAAAGGAGAAGACGUGCUGAAGACGCCUAUAAAGCUGCACUGACAGAGCUGAAGAAGAAGCCUCAUUAUGGAGGACCAGACUAUGAAGAAGGACCAAACAGUCUGAUCAAUGAAGAGGAGUUCUUCGAUGCUGUGGAAGCUGCAUUGGAUAAGCAUGACCAGAUCGAAGAGCAAUCCCAGGCAGAAAGGAGCAGGGCAUCUCGACAGAUCUUCCUCCCUCCAGACACCCAUUCCUCCAUCAGCACUCAGAAAUACUUGACUAAGCCUCACAGUCAUACUUCCUCCUUGUCCUCCAUUGACCUCAUAAGUGCCUCCGAUGACGUGCACCGGUUCAGUGCUCAGGUUGAGGAGAUGGUGCAGAGCCACAUGACUUAUUCUUUACAGGAUGUGGGUGGAGAUGCUAACUGGCAGCUGGUUGUUGAAGAAGGGGAUAUGAAGGUGUACAGGAGAGAGGUGGAGGAGAACGGCAUCGUUCUGGAUCCUCUCAAAGCUACUCAUGCUGUCAGAGGGGUCACAGGUCACGAGGUCUGCCACUACUUUUGGGACACAGCUUUUCGGAACGACUGGGAGACAACUGUUGAAAGCUUUCAAGUGGUUGAGACACUCUCGGAUAAAGCGGUCAUCAUUCAUCAGACACAUAAGAGGGUAUGGCCUGCUUCCCAGAGAGAUGUGCUUUACGUAUCGGUUAUCCGUAAAAUUCUCUCCACCAAUGAGAAUGAUCCAGACACCUGGCUGGUGUGCAACUUCUCAGUGGAUCAUGACAGCUAUCCACCCUCUGCUAGAUGCAUUCGUGCCAAAAUCAAUGUAGCCAUGAUCUGUCAAACUUUAAUCAGCCCACCAGAGGGAGACAAAGAGAUCACCAGAGACAACAUCCUCUGUAAAAUCACAUAUGUAGCCAAUGUAAAUCCUGGUGGUUGGGCCCCUGCAUCAGUCUUACGAGCCGUAGCCAAGAGAGAAUACCCCAAAUUCCUCAAACGCUUCACCUCGUAUGUUCAAGAGAAGACCAGCGAUGAGGCUAUUCUCUUUUGAGCAACACCAGGUUGUUCAAUCUACAUUUCCAGUUUGCUUUCCGACCCUAAUGAAGAAACGCCUUAUACACAUCACUCACAACAAAGAGCUGCUCUGCCCAAGUGCUCUUGACACUCUUUAGAAACCUUUUCAAACCGUAUCCAUACAGACUGAACAACAGCAAAAAUGGUACAAAGUCUGUAAAAGCACAUUUGAAAAGCACAAACACACUAGAAAAACCAACACAGCCUGUUCAUCUUUAAAAGGCCUUACUUGUUUUUCCCUAAAUGAGCUGCGGCUCUGGUUUUGUUAGUGUUUUACAUUUUUGUAAAUAUUUGAUCAUAGUUUGAGGUCUGACUAUGGUCUUGAUGAGAUAUAUAUAUAUAUAUAUACUGUAAACUUGAUGCCUUGAUCUAAUCCCAGCAUUAUCUCAGCUGUACGUGAGCUUUUUUCACUGGCCUUGUCCAAUAGCCAUUUCUCUUAGGAAGACCCUUUCUAGCCCCGAUGAUCAAGAUGACGUCAAACUUAAGAUCUCUUAAGAUCUUUUGUACAGUAAGUUAAUCUAAAUGUUUACGAUUAUUUACAUGUGAAGGCAUUACACAUUUUGAUUCUUGUAAUUCACAAAUGUGGCUUUAGGCAAAGUGUACAUUUAUUGGGAACUGCUUUUAUAAGACAAUAAUCAAAGUAUAGGGUAUUUUGGUAGGCCUGUGAAAAGUUGUUAGUGACUUAAUAGACCAUAAUUGCCUUCCUUUUCUUUUCUCUUGUAUUUUAAUUUUAUUUCUUGUUUUUAAGUUUGUUUGUUUGUUUUGUUUUAAUUUUCCAGAAGUUUCCAAAAUAAUCAUUUCUGCAGAUAGGUGGCACUUUAUUGCACACUUGCCUUUUUGGGCCCUAUAACAGUUUAAACAACGUCAUUCCACUUCUGGUUCAUCACUACCUAUUGGGCUUCCAUCUACAAAAUCUAUGUAGAAUUACUGCAGUAGUGCCAUCUAUGCUUAUGAAAGAGAGGGAAUUUCACCGUUUAAUAUCACUUUCUGUGGUCUAAUUCACUAUAUGGAGGAGGUAAUGAAUCAAGGACGUUUUUAACUAUCAGUAGUCUUAAAGGGAUAGUUCAUCCAAACAUGACAAUCAUAUGUAAAAUUUUCUCACCCUCAUGUUGUUCCAAACUUGAACGACUGACUUUCAUUAGUGGAACAAAAAAAUAAAAUAUUUUGAGAUGUUUUUCUCCAUACAAUGGCCAUCAAUGGUAACCAAAUUCUGCUGGGUUACCAACAUUCUUCGAAAUGUUUGUAUGUUCUUUUGAAAGCAUUUCAGGGUUGGAACAACUUGAGUAAAUGAUUUGUAUUUGUGAGUGAACUAUCCCUUUGAGGUCAUGAUUUCUUAGAUGAUGCAUCAUAUGUUGAAUUUGUGUUUUCUGUAACAUUGUUUGCACUAAACAAUCUGAUUUUUUUUUUUAAUCCCACCAUAGUCUUUCCAUACUAAUACUUGAGUUCAGAAUGCCUGAUUUUAAGUUAUACAUUUAUUGCAUCACUUGCCUCCCACUACAAAUUUGCUGCUGCAGUUCUGCUUCAAGCACUUUUAUAUUUAGUUUAAUAGUGUGAAACACUGUUCAUGACUGCAAGAACAAGAAACUUUCUGAACUUUGAUUUUAUUUUGAGAUUGAUCUACAAAUGUUGAAUGCUUUUUGGAAAAAAAUGUUUUGUAAAUGAGUUAUUUCUACAUGUAUCACCAACUUAUUAAUGAAACCACAUUUUAUGAAACAAAAGCAAAACUUUCACGUUUUCUUUUUAUGUUUCUGCCUAUAGUUUGUUAAUCUCACUUAAGGAUGAUUUUCUGUGUUGAGGUUCAUACAGGAAGAAUAUCUCACUGUACAGUGCAAUAAAUUUUUCAAUAUCCUAUAAACUCACUGUACUGUGUACAACAGUGUGGGAACAUUUCCAAUCACACUGAGCGCGGAUGACUGACAAAUUGGCCGAU